AUGGAUUUUUUUGCUUACCCACAAUUUGAACGUAGUCAAGAUUUCGUCAUGCACCUUCGCUAUUUACGCACAUCGCUGCUGGUCGGUCUUCUCAUUACUGAUGCUUUGGCAAGAACAACUUCAACAUCAACCUCGCCACGGUCGCGGCAUCUACACGCAGCAGACGAUGAUUCUCAGAAUUCGAUGAAUAUCGACGGCGAAAACAGGACAAAUCCGGCACUUUCUAAAUUCAUGAAAGAAGUUUUGGGAUUGAAUCAAGCCAACAGACGAAUCGAGUCGUGGAAAAAGGCUGAUGAGAUCUUGGCUCAAUUCGGCGUGAACCCGACGUCAGAACUCUUAGUAACACGAUACAAUGCAGAAUACACUUCCAAAAAUUUCCUGGCCAGCCCAGUUUGGAUUUGUUGGGCCUUUCUCGUUUGUCAAUCUGGUGUGAAAGUAGAGGAUGCAAGUCAGUCUAUUUAUAAGGUUAAACACUAUAUUCGAGAAAGGAAUCGCGGACACCAAAACUCAAAAUUUUUUUUUUUCGCGGUCAAACUGCGCAAUCAUUUGUGGAAAGAUCAUGGUAUCAAUCCUGACAACAUGCUUGCGCAAAUCGAUACCACCAACUUUUUUGGCGUGGAUUUUGACAAUUGGGUCGCAUAUCUAUCCUUUUAUCAUGGAGUUGAGGAAAAUCAUGACUUUCGUUUUUUAGUGCUGAAAGAUCUCAUUCGGUACUAUACCAUGCACGAAUUCCUGAAAAUUUUGUUCCAUCCAAACAACGGAGAAAACACUAAAGCGUUGGAAUAUUUAAAAAUGUUAUCUGGAUUUUGGCUGUCAAAGAAAAUUAGCCCGGUCGACGUCGUGAAGAUGAUUGCAAGCCACGAUGACAUGAUUCCUUCCUUUCUCGAUGAUGUGGAGAACAAAUUCUGUGUCGAUUUUUGGCGUAGAUACCUCGGUGAUUUCAAUCAUAUGUAUCCUAAACAACCACUGACGCAGCUUAAGACGCUUACAGAAGCUGUCGGCCCCGCAAGAGUGGCAGUUAUGCUGCGUGCUGCACUACUUUCGUCACACCACUCAGUCGAACAAUGUGGAAUUCGUUUGCAGGGAUUCCAAUUUAAAGACUGGUUUGACCGUUUGAUGUCAGCGGGUGAUGUCCGUGAUCUAAUAGCAAAUGAUCUGGCAAACAAGCCGUGGACGUUGGAAAGUCCCAGUAUAUCGUCGUUGGCCGAAACGACCAGCACGUAUUACUUUAAUUUUUGCCUCAACCGUCUUCUCAAUUUCUGA